AUGUUGAAAUUACAAAGAAAGAUUUUUUUUUUAAAUUAUUUUAACAUAAAUGUAAAUAAUAAGAAUUCACUGAGUACAUUUAAGAUUUUUGUACAUACUGAAAAAAAUGUAAUAAUUCAAAAAAAUUUUGAAAAUUUGUUAAAAUUUAAAGACAAUGUUAAUACUGAUAUAGAAACAGUUAAAAAAAAAUAUGAGGUUGAUAAUACAUUUUGUUCAUAUAUAACAAAAAGAAAAAAAAUUUUUAACUUAUUAUCGUAUAAUGUAAAAAAGUACGAGGAAAACAUUUUUUAUAAAAAAAGUGAUGGAAGUGAAAAUGCUUUUUUAUAUUCAAAUGUAAUAAAACCAUUAAAAUAUUGUGAUAGGAUAAGUGAUAUGUUAUUAAUUAAUUGUUUUCAUAAUAAUAGUAAAACAAUUAUAAAAAAAAAUUUAUUUGAUGUAUUAUAUAAAAAAUGUAGUUUAGUUUAUUUUUUUAUGGAUACUAAACAAAUCAAUGAGAUGAAUAAAUAUUUAGAAGAUUUCGAAAAAAACAAAAAGAAUUUUAACAUUGAACAUAAAAUAAAUCAAGAUUGUUUUCUAAAAUUAAAAAAAAAACAAAAACCAAUUCAUAUAUUCUAUUGUUAUGUAUCACCCUAUAAAUUUUUAUUAUCUAAUUAUUUUAGUAAAAAAAUUUCUGAAAAUUUAAAAAGUAAUUAUUUCGAUAAAAAGAAUUUUUUUUUUAUGAAUAGCAAAUUAAGUAUUAAUGAUGAAAAUGCUCUAUUAUUAUUUCGAAAUAAUUCAUUACCUUCAUUAUUGUUAUUUGAUGAAUAUUGUUAUAUUAGAUAUCAUAUAAAAGGAUUAUUUACUAAUGAAGCUUCUUAUUAUCUUUUCAAAGUUUUAUUGAAUAUUUGA